CAAUGCCGUCAUAUGUGUAAAAAUCAUUGCCAUGGUUGGCAAUUUUAAUCCAAACAAGGAACACAUGAUCCAUUUUAAGAGCCAAAGUGCUGGAAAUAUUUAUAGGCGGUCUCCUUUUGCGUGCUCUCCUAAAGUCUAGAUUUCUUCCAGUUUUCUUUCUCCUUCCAUGCUUCUUGGAGGGGCAAGCCAGUGAGAAAAAGAAGAGAGCCGCUAUGGCGACCGACAUGGAGGCGGGCAAGCGAGGUGAGCAAGAGGAAGAGUUCCAUGGCGAUUCGAAAGAGGAGCAAUCGCCAAUUGAGCAAGUGGCGCUCACGGUGGAUGUGGAGGACGAUCCCUCGCAGCCAGUGUGGACGUUCCGGAUGUGGGCGAUUGGCAUCCUUGCGUGCGCAAUGCUCUCCUUCCUCAACCAGUUCUUCUCCUACCGCACGGAGCCGCUGGUGAUCACGCUCACCUCGGCCCAGAUCGUGGCGCUGCCAAUCGGCCGCUUCAUGGCCGCGGUGCUGCCCACCAGGAUCUACCGCGUCCCCUUCACGGGCUUCGAGUUCUCGCUCAAUCCGGGGCCCUUCAACAAGAAGGAGCACGUCCUUAUCACCAUCUUCGCCAAUGCUGGCUCCGCGUUUGGGAAUGGAGGGGCUUACGCGGUCUUCAUCGUCGACAUCAUCAAAGCUUUCUACAAGAGGAAGAUCCAUUUCUACACUGGGCUCUUGCUGGUGAUCACCACUCAGGUCUUGGGCUAUGGAUGGGCUGGUCUUUUGCGAAAGUAUCUGGUGGAGCCUGCGAGUAUGUGGUGGCCCGGGAACCUCGUGCAAGUCUCUCUUUUCAAGACUUUACACGACAAGGAGAGCGUCAAGGGCCUGACGAGGAUCCAGUUCUUCCUCAUCUUCCUCACCGUCGGCUUCGCGUACUACGCACUCCCGGGCUACCUCUUCAGCGUCCUCUCCUCCAUCUCCUGGGUUUGCUGGGCCUUCCCCAACUCGGUCCUGGCACAGCAGCUCGGGUCGGGCUUCCAGGGGCUCGGACUCGGCGCCAUCGGCCUCGACUGGGCUUCGGCCUCCUCUUACCUCGGAAGUCCUCUCGUCUCUCCAUUCUUCGCCAUCGCCAACGUCGCCGUGGGCUACAUCCUCAUCGCCUACGUGAUGAUGCCAACCUUCUAUUGGGCCAACAUCUACAACGCCAAGACCUUUCCGAUCUUCUCCAGCCAUCUGUUUACGUCCAAGGGCCAGAUCUACGACAUACAAAAGGUGGUGAAUGAUAAGUUCGAGCUGGACAUGGCGGAAUACCAGCGGCAAGGUCCCAUCCACAUGAGCACAUUCUUCGCCAUGACGUACGGGUUUGGCUUCGCGGCCGUAGCGUCAACCAUCACCCACGUCCUCUGCUUCCACGGAAAGGACAUUUGGAGGAUGAGCCGGUCCGCACUCAAGUCUCCACCCGAUGUUCAUGCGCGAAUGAUGCAGCGAUACCCAACAAUCCCCAACUUGUGGUUUGUGAUUCUCAUGUUGGUUUCGCUGGGUGUAGCCAUCGCGACUUGCUUGGGCUUUAAGGAGCAAAUCCAGCUCCCGUGGUGGGGUGUGAUUCUCUCCUGCGCCAUUGCCGCAACUUUCACGCUCCCAGUUGGAGUUAUCACUGCCACCACCAACAUCACUCCGGGACUAAACAUCAUCACCGAGUAUAUCGUGGGUUACAUGCUUCCGGGGAAGCCCAUCGCCAACGUUGUCUUCAAGACGUAUGGGUACAUGAGCAUGACCCAAGCGCUCUCGUUUCUUUCCGACUUUAAGCUCGGCCACUACAUGAAGAUCCCACCACGAUCGAUGUUCACCGUCCAGAUUGUAGGAACGAUCAUUGCGGCCACCGUCAACAUGGGAGUGGCAUGGUGGCUGCUAAACGGGAUCGACAACAUCUGUGACACCGAGAAGCUCCCGGCGAGCAGCCCCUGGACGUGCCCCAGCGAUCGCGUCUUCUUCGACGCAUCAGUCAUCUGGGGCCUUGUCGGUCCCAAGCGGAUCUUCGGCUCCCUGGGCGAGUACAGCCAGCUGAGCUGGUUUUUCCUCAUCGGCAUCCUGGCUCCAAUUCCCGUCUGGAUCCUCUCGCGAGCGCUCCCCAAGGUGGAGUUCCUGCGCUACGUGAACAUCCCCGUGAUCCUGGGAGCCACCGGGUACAUGCCACCCGCGACGUCGGUGAACUACACGACCUGGAUCACACUCGGCGUCGUCUUCAACUAUUUCGUCUACAAGUACCGCAAGGCGUGGUGGAAGCGCUACAACUACGUGCUGUCCGCGGCGCUGGACGCCGGCUCGGCCUUCAUGGCCGUGGUGCUCUACUUCAGCCUCGGCCUCGAGGACGUCUCGCUCACCUGGUGGGGGACCUCGGAUCGCGAUCACUGCCCUCUGGCAAAGUGUCCCACGCAGCCUGGGAUUGUUGUGGAUGGCUGCCCUGUGUAUAGCUAAUCUUCGAGAACCUACCAAAGACUUAAGUCAUACCAAGUCAAACGAGAAGUUUUCAGCA